CUUGUGCAAUUGAUUUCAUAUAUGCGUUAGCAAUAUUGUAUUAUAAAUGUAUUUUCUGAACAUAUUUUAAGAAAAAAGCAUGAAAAAAGUUUCGCAAAACUUUUUUGUGGUAUGUGAAAACUUUGGUUUUAUCUUCCCCCAAGAACUGUGACGAGCUUAGUUUGGGGUAAGAAAUAAUCAGGAGGGCCAUACUAUCCUCCCGAUAGGGUCCCCCUGCUCCUACCCCCCUCCCCCAAGAGAAGGGGGGUGAUUUUUUUUUACCCCAUAGGGGUAAGCCUACAUGGGGUAAGAAAAGAUCACAUAACCUGAUUUUUUCUUACCCCAUACAUGAUUUUUUUUUACCCAAAGCUGAUUUUUUUUUACCCCGUCUUGGUUUUAUAUUACCCCAUGUUUAAACAUGUUCGUGAUGUGUGGUGUGUGAUUGACAGUCGGUCUGUCUUGUUGAAACCUGUUACUCAUAUGACUCGGUCCACUGUUCACAGGAGUGUGCAUGAUCAUUAGCCAGUAAGAAGCAGCAGGGUUAAGUGCCACAAUGCCGAGGACAUAUAAAAAGGUUGAAAGGCCAUAUACGAAAGCCACAAUUCAACUUGCUGUGCAGGAAGUUAAAGAUGGUUCCUCCAUUAGAGCAGCCAGUGCCAAGCAUCACAUGUCACAUUCUCUUUUGAGAAAGCAUGUCAAGAGAAGUGAAAGUGAAGAAUCUUUCAAGGAUGAUAUGAGGGGAAAGAAGACGGUACUUGCAACUGAAGUGGAAGAGAAGAUUGCAGAUACAAUCAAGAGAAUGGAGAAAAUGGGACUAGGGCCAACACUGUUAGAGUUUCGUGAGAUUGUCAAAGAUUUCUUGCUUGCCAAUGGACUAGAGACAGUGUUUAAAGAUGGCAUGCCUGGUUAUGAAUGGGCAACUGCCUUCAUGCACAGGCACAACAUGACUCUGAAGACCGGUGGUAUGAUGCAACUGGCAAGGAAGAGUGUAACUAGUGAUCCAUUCGUCAUUUAUGGCUUCUAUGAGCUUCUGAGACAAGAAAUGGCACGACUUGAGAUCAUGGAACGCCCAGAGUGUAUCUGGAAUCUCGACGAAACUGGUUUCCCACUAGACCCAUCAAAAGCAAAACUAUAG